UAGGAGCGAAUAUGCUGACCGUGUUAAGUUCACGUGUGUUUAAAUCCCUGUCCUCCCUGCAAAGGUUACAGUUAGAUCGAAACAUGUUCAAAAGCACAGCAUCAAUUGCUGCAUCUCUGCACCCUUUACUCUCUUUGAACAUCUUGAAUCUAAAUUACAACAAACUGUCUUGCAUUCACUUAGAGCCAGCGUUUGCAACUUUGGCCAAUCUGAAUACUAUAAAUCUAGCUGGAAACUUGCAUCUAUCUCUGCAGGCAGAGUCCUUCCAGGUUAUGAGGAAUCAUUCCCUCACUCAUCUUAAUCUGGGAAGUAACAAUCUGAUCAACAUAUCACAAGCCCUGAAGCCCUUCGCAAGUAUAAAACAACUUGGUCUCUCUAACAACCGGUUGACAACAGAAGACUUAUUUGCCAUUUUUAACAACACAAGGGGAUUGGGGAUCACGAAUUGGACUUUGACGAAUAAUGCUUUAACUGAAUUGACAAAUGUCACAUUCUCUCCACUCUUAAAUGAAGAAGUCAUCUACCUUUCUCUACACAAUAACAACAUCAGCAAACUAACAGACUAUCUCUUUGCUUUCUUACCUACAUUGCGGGUUCUUUCCUUUGGAGUAAACCCGGUUGAAAGACUAUCAUCUAAAGUGUUUGCUGGUUGUGGCCAACUUCAAGAGCUAGCGUUGAACAAUGUGAGCUUGCAUGAAAUACCAUCAGAAUUAUUCGAGCCAUUGGCAAAUUUGACAAAAUUAAACUUAGAUUCAAAUUUCAUAGGUAUAGUCAGAGACAAGGCAUUUGCGUCGCUGCCAAAGUUGAGAAUCCUGCGGAUGAAUGGAAACAGAAUAGAAAUGAUUAGGAACAAUGCCUUUUAUGGUUUGUAUCAUCUUGAAGAGUUGAAUUUAGGUACAAACAAUCUAAGGUACAUCCCCUCUCAUGCCUUAGGUGUGUUAGGCAUGUCCUUAAAGAAUCUAGACUUGUCCGCCAACCGUCGUUUGCAAAAGAUUCCGCCAAAUUCUUUGUCCAAACUUCACAAUCUGACAGACCUACGAAUUCAAAGCUGCCAACUGAAGAUUCUCCAAAACAAUAACUUUGCAGGUCUUUAUAACUUGCAGCGACUUGACUUGAGUUUCAAUUCUAUUAAGACAAUUGAUCCAGACGCCUUUUAUGGCUUGUUUUCUAUCAAAGUGCUUAGUUUAAACAACAACUACCUGGGGAGAGAUACACGCAUUCGACCCUCCCCGUUUCGGUAUCUGAUCUCCCUUACUGAACUGCAUGCUGUUAAUCAAAUGUACACUGGAAUAUUUCCUGACGGUUACUUAGACGGCUUGACAUCUCUAAGGCUACUUUCAUUGAUUUCACAGAGACUGAUCUCAUUGGAAAGCAAGACUGGCAAAAACAGUAUCCUAAAAAAUCUCACACACCUGAGAUACUUGCAGUUGUCACGAAACACGAUCAGCCAUCUCACAAGAGAUACCUUUGCAGGGUUGACCAACCUCAGACACCUGUAUCUCAGGUCUAACUCAAUCAGAGCUCUCCCGAUAGGUGUAUUUAGACAACAAGCUAGCCUGCAAUAUCUUGAUCUCAGUUACAAUGGAAUUGUUACCCUUACUAGUUCGGUAUUCAGUCCCCUGAAGUCAUUGAUUGCACUACAAUUUUACAGCAACAGUCUAUCAUGUACCUGUGCUAUAGAAUGGUUCCACGACUGGGUAGCUUCAAGUAUGAAUGCUACCACAGGGGUACAGGGUGCCUACUUCGAAGCCUACAAAAACUACACAUGUGCAUCACCAAAAACCUUGAGAAACAAACCUCUCAUUGACAUCAACUUUGAAAAACUUGGCUGCAGGUCCAAAUUGAGCGUUUACAUGGCAAUAGGAUCGAGCUGUACAAUCUUGAUCUUGAUGGUGACCAUCACAUUAUUAGCGUAUCGGUACCGUUGGUACGGACGAUACGCCAUGUUCCUACUCCGGGCUAAGUUUAACAAGUAUGAACUCAUAAAAGAAGAAGAGGAGAACCCCAAGACGUACGAUGCCUUUCUGGCACACAACAGUAACGACAGCGCCUGGGUCAUCCACCAGCUCCUUCCACAGUUGGAGCGAGGGGAUCCGCCAGAGUUCCGUCUCUGUCUGGGUGAUCGGGACUUUCAACCAGGAGCACCUAUCGUAGACAACAUCGCCGAGUCGAUCUACGAAAGCCGCAAAACCAUCUGCGUCAUCACACGGGACUUCCUGGAAAGUGACUGGUGCAGGUUUGAGAUGCAGAUGGCCACGUACCGUCUAUUUGAGGAGCACGUGGACUGUUUGAUUGUGGUUUUCUUGGAACAGAUUCCGGCUCAACGGCUGGCGAAGUACCACUCCCUCAGGAGGGUGAUGUGUAGGAACACCUAUCUGGAGUGGCCCGAGGAGCCAGAGGCCAGGGAUCUGUUCUGGGAACGACUCCGUGUUGCGCUAAGAACACACAGGCCACUUGAUCAUGACGUCAAUGCUUAAGUCAAUGACGUUGCUGUAAACAAAACAAGUCAGUGUACAAGAUCGACCAUAUACCUGCUGAUGUAAUUCAAUGCUGAUGUAUUUCAAUGCUGAUGCUGAGUCUGCCGGCUACACUCCUUCCCCAGCUUAUGUUACUGUCCUAUGCCAUGCAGGAUCUGCUUGGAGAUUAGGUUCAACUGUUUAGAUAAUGUUCCUACAUCAAGUAACGUUGCCUUGAGUUUGUUGUCAACAAAGGAAAACAGUUUAUGGUAGUCAAUUCACUUGAUGGCAAUGUCUCACUUUAUCAUUUGUUGUGAAAUGUAAAUUACUUAUGUUAAUGCUUUUGUACAUAUUAACACAAAGCCAGUUAUAGUUGUAUCCUUGUAGACGUCUGUCAGGCAAUAGAAAUGAAGUCUUUUAUUAAUCUAUUAAUUUGAUAAAGCUGUACAAAACUGUAGAUAUACACAAUCUUAUCAGAGUAGAUAUCAAGCACAUUUUACACACAUCAUCAGUUCAUGCUAUUACAGUACAUUGUGUCUAUUCUCUGACUAUAUGAUAAUCAAAGUAUACACCCUAUACAGCUGCACAAUACAAAUGCUAUACAAUGUUUAAGAACUAUAUUCAAAUUAUGAGCAUUCCUAACAGCUAAUAUUAUACAGUUACUUUCUUAUUUAGCGAAACAA